AUGGCCUCGUCCGCGUCGUACGCCGACUGCGUCUCAUCGCUACGAACGUCUCUCAAAUUCCUUGAAUCUGCUGUUGAGACGCUCGACGAGGGUGUCUCUGACUUUCCGCGCCUCAUCAAAGUCCUAAAGUCAGUCCGGCAUUACGAGCUUGUUCCUCAGCCGAAGCUAGCAGCUGCAGAGGCAUCUUUGCGAGAUGAGAUUGGCCCCUAUAUUGCCUAUUUGCUCUCCCGUGCAGAUGCGCAGACGGAGCGGCAAGAGCGUCGCAUAGAAUCGCUCAAGGCCCGAUCUGAUCUACAGCAAGGCCGUAUCACAAAGUCUGACGCCAGCUCUGCGGCAGCGGCGCGACAAAGGAAGAGUCGUCUUUUGAGCUCCGAGGGCAAGCUGCGCGCGCGAGCUAUUCGACAGCGCAAGGAAGCGCUUCGGUACGGCGUGGAACGUCUUGAGCUGGAAGUGCUACAGAAAGAGAGGGAGUUAAGGAGGCGACUGGAGGGCUAA